CCAGAGGAAGAAGUCGGACACACUGACUGCGAAGCCGACGGACGCACAGACAGCGGAUCAGCCAGACGAUCUGAGUCGCCUCAAGUUCCGCCAUGAGCUGGGGCACGGAGCUGUGGGAUCAGUUCGACAGCUUAGACAAGCAUACACAAUGGGGAAUUGACUUCUUGGAAAGAUAUGCCAAAUUUGUUAAAGAGAGGAUAGAAAUUGAACAGAACUAUGCAAAACAAUUGAGAAAUCUGGUUAAGAAGUAUUGUCCCAAACGGUCAUCCAAAGAUGAAGAGCCAAGGUUUACCUCGUGCAUAGCCUUUUUUAAUAUCCUUAAUGAGUUAAAUGACUAUGCAGGACAGCGAGAGGUAGUAGCAGAAGAAAUGGCGCACCGAGUUUAUGGUGAAUUAAUGAGAUAUGCUCACGAUCUGAAAACUGAAAGAAAGAUGCAUCUCCAAGAAGGACGAAAAGCUCAGCAAUACCUUGACAUGUGUUGGAAACAGAUGGAUAAUAGUAAAAAGAAAUUUGAAAGAGAAUGUAGAGAGGCAGAGAAAGCACAACAGAGCUAUGAAAGAUUGGAUAAUGAUACUAAUGCAACCAAGGCAGAUGUUGAAAAGGCUAAACAACAGUUGAACCUGCGUACACAUAUGGCUGAUGAGAAUAAAAAUGAAUAUGCAGCACAGUUACAAAACUUUAAUGGAGAACAACACAAGCAUUUCUACGUAGUGAUUCCUCAGAUAUACAAGCAACUACAAGAAAUGGAUGAACGAAGGACUAUUAAACUCAGUGAGUGUUACAGAGGAUUUGCAGAUUCAGAACGCAAAGUUAUUCCUAUCAUUUCAAAAUGUUUGGAAGGAAUGAUUCUUGCAGCAAAAUCAGUUGAUGAAAGAAGAGAUUCUCAAAUGGUGGUAGACUCCUUCAAGUCUGGCUUUGAACCUCCAGGAGACUUUCCAUUUGAAGAUUACAGUCAGCAUAUUUAUAGAACCAUUUCUGAUGGAACUAUCAGUGCAUCCAAACAGGAGAGUGGGAAAGUGGAUGCCAAAACCACAGUAGGAAAGGCCAAGGGCAAAUUGUGGCUCUUUGGAAAGAAGCCAAAGCCACAGUCCCCACCCUUAACCCCUACUAGUUUAUUCACAUCCAGUACUCCUAAUGGGUCCCAGUUUCUCACAUUCUCCAUUGAGCCCGUGCAUUAUUGUAUGAAUGAAAUAAAAACAGGGAAGCCCAGAAUUCCUUCUUUCAGAAGCCUCAAAAGAGGGUGGUCGGUGAAGAUGGGGCCAGCGCUAGAAGAUUUCAGUCAUCUGCCGCCAGAACAGAGACGUAAAAAACUGCAGCAGCGCAUUGAUGAACUUAACAGGGAACUACAGAAAGAAUCAGACCAAAAAGAUGCACUCAACAAAAUGAAAGAUGUAUAUGAAAAAAAUCCACAAAUGGGGGAUCCAGGGAGUUUGCAGCCUAAAUUAGCAGAGACUAUGAAUAAUAUUGACCGUCUAAGAAUGGAAAUCCAUAAGAAUGAGGCUUGGCUGUCUGAAGUUGAAGGCAAAACAGGUGGGAGAGGAGACAGACGACACAGCAGUGACAUAAAUCAUCUUGUUACACAGGGACGAGAAAGUCCUGAGGGAAGUUACACUGAUGAUGCAAACCAAGAAGUCCGUGGACCACCGCAACAGCAUGGUCACCAUGAGUUUGAUGAUGAAUUUGAGGAUGAUGACCCCUUGCCUGCUAUUGGACACUGCAAAGCUAUCUACCCUUUUGAUGGUCAUAAUGAAGGUACUCUGGCAAUGAAAGAAGGUGAAGUGCUAUACAUUAUUGAGGAGGACAAAGGUGAUGGAUGGACAAGAGCCAGGAGACAGAACGGUGAAGAAGGCUACGUUCCGACAUCAUACAUAGAUGUAACUCUAGAGAAAAACAGUAAAGGUGCAGUAACUUAUAUCUAAACUAACCAGGCAGCUUUGUGCUAUGUAUGACAUAAAUGAAAACACAUUCAACAGGUCAGAAAAAAUGAGAAAACCUAAAAGGGCAUCCCAAUUUAUUGUUCACUGUGUGAGCUGAAUGCAGGCUGAAGAGAUGUGAAUAUCACCACAAAAAGCUGUUUUUGUGAUGCCUUCCUGUUUGAGUAAUGUUGGUGUGAAGCUUAAUUGAUGCCUUUGCUUUAUGUCCUGCUUAAGUCUCUGUGAAGGAUUUGUGUUUUUCUGCCUUAUAAAUAUAGAAUUUGGCUUAUUGGGCAGGAAUACAUAGGUUGAUGCUCCUCCAUCUGCUUUACUUCAGAAAACACAGUGACUGGUUAAUUCACAUAAGUAAAACUGCUCUGAAAUGCUAUAGAAAACUGACUUACGAAAAGAGUAGUUUGUUGUAGGUGUUUGAAUUUGUAGCUUCAGUAUUUAGGGAAAAAAAGUAAUAGUUAGAAAAUUGGGUAAAAUGAUAACAAUCAUUUUAAUUUUCCUCUCUAUUCUUAAUGUUGGUUUCCUAAAGGAAGAAAAUAAGCACUUAGUGCAUAAUCUAAGUAGUGAGCUAAUCAAGAAAUCUAUAAAAUGUAUGAUGUGGUCUAGCUCUCUCUUCUUCUUCUUUUUUUUGUGAUACAAGGGAUUUAACCCUGGGCCUCUUGCAUGCUAGAGUGCAUUCACAGUUCUUGCUUUGUUUUAUUUUGAGACAGGGUCUCACCAGCGUGCCCAGGCUGGCCUUAAAUUUGUGAUCCUCCUGUUUCAACCUGCCAAGUAGCUAAGAUUACAGGCAUGUGCCACCGUGCCCUGCCUAGUCUAGCUCUUAUCUGAAUAAAACAGUUUUAAGAUCUGAAAAUAUUUUCAGAUUUACUGGUAAUUUUCAAUAAUGCACAAAAUUCCUUCCAAUUAAUCUUAUACUUGUGUUUUUCAUCUUGAAAGUGGUUUGCGGGGAACAUCACUUUAGUGAUUAUUUAGCAUUUAGCAGGAAAAUAAAUAUUCUAAAUCAGUGAAGAUAGAGGAAAUCUUGAAUGGAGAAGUACUGGCAAUCUUUACUUGUAGGAGAGAGAAAACUUUUUUGACUGAGCUGAGGGAAGAUAUCUGUACUACCAUUUAUGGCCUCAUUUUAGCUAGAUCAACAGUUACUAAAAUAGAUAUUUUCCAAUUAAUUUCAAUAAGCAUUUGUUGGAAACACUGUACAAUUAAGUAUUGUGUGUGCUAGUCAUGUGAUCACACCCUGAAUUAAUUGUGUGGGUAAGCAAAGAGAGAAAGCAAUGAGAUGGGUCCUUGAUUUUGCUCAUAUUUCACAUUUUCCUGGUGUUUUCAGUGGCUGACUAUAAAAUGAUUUUUAGAGACGUUUGGGGCAGACACUUUAAGCUGAACACCCCUUUUGGUCUUACCAAAGGUCUUCAGUAAUUCUUCUUUUCUUUUUCCUCCUGGACUGCAGGUUCCUGAAGAGGGUUUCUGAGGAAAUGGGCAAGAUGUUGAAGGAGGUUACAUGCAGCUGCUUUUGGGGGGAGGGUAUUAGAGUUGUCAGGCACAAAGAGUGAGAGAAGCAAGUUGCAUGAGUGCAUGCAGACAUGAUUUUUUUUUUUUACUAACUUCGUUAGCAUUCCAUACAUUGUUUUAAAAAUUUGUUAUAAUACCAAUCCUUAAAUUCCUAGUUCACAGUUAUUAACAUAGAAGAAAGAAAAAAGCCAAUAAUGGCUGACCCUUUUCCAUUUAUUUUACUGGCGUGUCCAAAUCACAAAGAGUACAGAGCUGUCAUAAAAAUUUGUCUUAUAUUUGAUUGUCUCAAUAAGACUGUCCCUACCCAGCUCUGUUUUAAUUGCUUUUUAGACCCAUUGUCUGUUAGAAUUCUUGCCGUGUGUCACUGUCUGCCUGUGCCAUCUCCAUGCUUGCUUAACAUCCUGUUGCAUGUCUAGAGUGAUUAGACUUAGAUUUUUCAGGCAUGUCUUUAUAAUCCCUUGUUCAUGUCAAAGCCUUUGUUUUGUUUUACAUUUGUAGUGCAGAUCAUUUUGUCAAACAUCUCCAGCACUAAUGUUUCCAUCUUAGUAUUUGUGUAUGCUGCUACAACUUCCCCACUGCAAACAUUCCAAUUUUGGCAUUAUGAAGACGUGGUCUGUGAACCUGAAGUAUUUAUGAUAAGAAAAAGAAAACAUCUCUGCUCUAGCCUACAGCCCAGUUGAAAGGACUCUUUGAAAAGUGAUACAUCUUCAGCACCUCAGUCUGGGAAGAAUCUAUAGUCAGCACUGAAGUCCUGGCAUAAUAAACACAGAAGAUACCACCUCAAGACAAAGGACUGUUGUCAGAAGUCAGCUGCUUCCAUUCAAAUGCUGCCUUAAACUAGAGUGCCUAAAUCUGUUGAUUGCCAACACUACCACUACAGUAUCCCACAAAGGGCUUUGUGUCAGCUCAGUGUGACCUCCUUUAACUCUGCAGCUCUGCUGCAGCUGCCAAUGUAGCCUCGGUAGGUAGCUUUUAGAGCUCUACCAUGUACAAUGGUGCAUCUUCAAAUUUAUGCAUCAAACUAAAGACAUGUCUGAAGUCCAUUUUACUUAGUGUUUUAUGAGAAGUUUUAUGAACCUCCCCAAUCGUCUUUUAAUUUGAGGUUAUAAUGAUCUCAUUUGGUUAUUGCAAUGAUAGUCUGUUUCCAAGUGAUGCUUUUGUUUGAAUCAGAUAAAAUUUAGUGAAACUUUGUAAUGAUCUAUGUGCACUUUUACUUGUAAAACGGAAAUUUCUGUAUGUUUAUACUUGUAAAUAUAAUUGUCCUUAGUGUCCCUAUUGCUCAUGUUAUCAUGCCUCGCAUUUGUGAUUCUGUUAUUGACUUGUACCUGAACUAAUUUCUUAGUGAUGUUGUACUAGGGAGAUGGGUGGGUGGGGAGUUAUUUGUACCACUGAAGCUUCAUUAAUUUGGUUCUUUACUGUUUUGAGGGGAGAAAUAACGUGAAAUGGUUUGUGUAUUAUUGGAUUUUAAGCAAUAUUUUAGAAGCUGUGUGACUGUUUUAAUAAAAUUUUCCCAGUGUUAUUUGAAUCAUACUACCAGUUACACUAAAGCUGAAUGACAAUUGUGUGAAAGUUAAUGCCUUCCUAAGAUCAAGUACACCACUGUUACACAGCUGACAUAGUGUAUUACCUUUGAGGCUAGUAAACUAUAAACUUUAGAUAUUGAAUCUCGUUACAGGGUUAUUUAUAUAAUGUGACAUUAUUCAAUACUGACGGACUACAUGAAGUAGUUUUAAAAUCUAGUGCUAUUUUUAUUUUAAAGGUUAGCAAUGAGAAGGAAAUGUGAUCUGGCUGUGUUUGUCUUCUGUACAAAGCCUGCAGUGCUUAUGUUUUUUUGGCUAACAGCCACAGAGGGCAAAGUUUAAGGCUUUCUUGUAAGGACUAACUGUUCUUUUGAAGCUACUGUUUGUUUUUCUAAAAGCAGAAUUUGCUUCCGAAGGAGGCAGGUUCCUUCAUGUGGAAUAGUGCAACCUGUAUAUGGGUUAUUACAAUAGGAAAGACAUUUGUACUUGCACAGUUUAAAUCAUUAAAUCAUUCUUAAAUUUUGAACAUGUGAAUUGUCCAAAAGAAAUCUUAAAAAUUUUCAGUAAUUUUUACUCUUUGUGCACAUGUUGAUUUCUUAAUGGUAAAUUGUUUAAGAUAGUGUUCUCUGUUGAGAAUAUUUUCAUGGAAUAAAACAAUCUUUUCAUGGUCA